AUGCACAUGCCUCCACCUGUUCCAGAGACGGAGGAUCUCUAUCCGGUGCUCGGAGGAGCUGGAGGAGGCGACGACUUUGGCCCUCGAGAGCUUGCCACUGACCCUCUCGACGAUGUCUUUGGCGCUGAUGAGAGUGCAUCGUCGGCAAGGGAAGACGGGUUAUCUGCUACAGCCGCUCAUCCCUCAGACAUGACGAGACUGCAGAAUGAACACGCUACGGCAGGAUACCGUGAAGGAGUCACUGUCGCCAAGGAGAAGAGCAUCCAGGCGGGCUUUGACGAAGGCUUCAGUCUUGGAGCUACUAUCGGGCAAGCAGCGGGCCAGCUGCUGGGGCUCCUGGAGGGUGUGGCCGAGGCGCUCAAGGGAGCUGCUAGCCCAGAUACUGCUAUCGCUGAGAAGAUGUAUAGCGAAGCCAAAAGCGAACUCAGCUCUGAUGUGAUAUUCGGCAAAGAUUACUGGGCUGAAGAUGGAAACUGGACAUUCCCCGUGGAUGCCCUGGACGAGAAACACGUGCUAUUUGCCGACGUAGCGAGAUGUCACCCCGUCAUUAAAAAAUGGACUAUUCAAGUUGACGCUGCCAAGUCUCAAUGGGCUAUUGAACCGCCAAUCCUGGAAGACGAGGGACUACAGGCUACAGAGUCUGCCGACAUCACAACAGAUGAAACGACACCUAUUACACUGUCGCAGACCACGAACAAGGCGUUGGAUUGGUAA